UAUAUUCAAUACGAUUUAAAAGUCAAAGGACGUCAUUCCUCCUCUCCCCGGGCUUCCCCGUUUAUUAAAUUGACAGCCGAGAGAGGCACGGGUACCACUAACAUGACAGUAGUGUUUUCGUUGAACUUUGCACUGAGACCACAUUGUUAGGAAAUGAAAGCUUGAGAAGUUUACAACAAUUGAAAUGCAUUUUGCUCUUCAAAAUGUACUGUAAGGAUUAGAAAAGUCCCUGAUAAAAGCCAAUGGCUUUCCAGAGGGCUUGGAGAGAAGGAGAAGAACCGUUUUAUACCGAUUCCGAUCAUAGCUCCGAAGAGAGAUUACCAAAUGUACAAAUAUCAAAUCCAGCAAUAUCCAUAACAGAUAGUGAGAGAGAUCUUGGAGCUGGAGGCUUCAGGAAUGCACGUUUCAAGCGUGACAAGGGAAAGUAUGAAAGUUCAAAUUCCUUGCUGCAUGAAGACAGAACAGCAAGUUUUAGUACUACAGCAUCAGUAGAGUUUGACUCUGAAGAAAAUAUCAAUAGCAACACAGAGGGUUUAUUUUGGUUGAGACAUCCAAGAGUAAAAGAAAACUACAAAACAGUUGCUGCAGCAUUUUUGCUGUUCUUUGCUGGAUUUGUUUUUCUCAUUGCUGGAAUCGCUUUGUCAGGAAUAAAAGAUGCAGAUGAAGAAAACAGUCAUAAAGCAAUCAUAUUCUURGUAUGUGCAGCCAUAUGUAUCAUCCCUGGAGGAUACCAUAUAAURUACAUAUACAGAGCCACUAGAGGGGAAAGAGGUUACAACUUUGAAAGCAUUCCAUCAUUUAAGUGAAUUAUGAAAUUUUUUGAAAUAAUAGUUUGGCUAUCAGUGAAAUUUGAAAGCGCUUAGCAAAAUAGUUGUCAAAAUUAUUAGAAUUAUUGAUAGUGUAUCUAUAGCCAGCUAAUGUUACUUGUAUGUCAAGAGAAAGUAACCUUAGUAUCAGGCCUGUMAGAGGGCCUGGUUGGMGUGGAUACAGGGGACAGGAUUUUAAUUCCUUAAAAUGUAAAACAUCAUAUAAUUCUAAAUGUAAUUUAUGAAAUAAUAUAGUCAUCCUAAUUCCCAUAAUGUUCACAUUUAACUGAAUUCCUCCCUUCCAAAAAUCCUGCAUCCACACCUGCUUMAGGGGAGAGUGAGAGCUUGGAUUUGUAUUUAAUAUUUUGCUCUUAGAAUUAAUUUGUCUGUAAUUUAUUUGAGAUACUUUGAAAUAACGUGGACAACCAUACAUAAAUAAAACCAUUUUGUAUA